CUUUGCUGUUGUAGCACACACAGCUCUCCUUAAAUCAGUGGGAUAACCCCUGUGUUCACAGUUAAACUGUGUUCAAAUGCUUCACUGCAUCAAGAUCAUUAAAAUGUGUUAAGGCCCAGAGGUCUGAGAGUACAUGAUCUCAGGUGGUGUAGCCUGGGGAUACAGCCAGGAGGGACAUCUGGAGAGUGGUGGCAUUGCUUAAAAACCAACAACUGGGAAAGGACGGUGUGAGGAACAGAUUGCAGAACUGGACCUUCAGUGUCUGUGCAGGAUUUUGAACGCAAAAGUCAUCACAAUGAUCCCCAGCUCUUAUACCCUGCUUUUUACUUAUAGCCAUGUAAGAACUUAAACAGGGAGACAUAAAUUAUUGACCAGAAAAUGGCCCACCGAAGCCCAAUCUUCCCAACUCUUGCCCCUUCUGAAAGCACCCAUGAGCUCCAUUGCAUUCCAUGGAAGCUAUGCAAGUGCACUGCACCCUUGAAAAAUAUAGACAAAUAUUCAAGACGGGUUCGGAACAUCCCGCUGCACAGCCAGGCGCUGACAGCGGUGCCGCUGGCAUCCGCCAGCCUGGUGGAUCAGCUGGAAGACAGAAUCCUGAGCCAUGAGAAAACAACGGCGGCCCUUGUGGAGCACGCUUUCCGCAUCAAGGAGGACAUUGUUCACACUCUGCACAGAAUGCAGAACAAAGGGGGGGGAGACCGGCUGGCCCGGCAGCUCCUGGAGGAGCACAUCCGAAACAUCACGGCCAUAGUGAGGCAGCUCAAUCGGGACAUUGAGAUGCUGCAGGAACAGAUCCGUGUCAGAGACAAUCUCAGCUACGGAACAAAUUCUACUCUGAAGAGUCUGGAAAUGCGGCAGCUUUCUGGCUUAGGGGAUCUUCGGGGAAGAGUUGCAAGGUGUGAUGCUGGGUUAGCCAGGCUGUCUGCAGAGCAUAAAAUUACAUAUGAAAGACUUCAGAGCCUAAGUAAAGACCAACACACCUCCAAGCUGAUCUUAGAAUCUAAAAUCAAAGAGGCAGAAAUACAGAUUUCUCACCUGCUGAGCAGAGUAGAGCAGUCGAUAAUGCAGCAAGAAGCAAAGCUCAAGGUUGCCUACAAAGAGAGCAACCAACAGCUACAACUCCUGGACACCAAAUUAAAAAAUGCCAUUGAGGAACUCAGCAGUCAGAUUUUGUCUGCACGUAGCUGGUUGGAACAGGAACAUGAAAAGAUUGAAAAAGAGCUCGUGCAAAAAGUUGAACAACUCUCACUGACUUUUAAGGAAAACACGGAAAUGAGUGAGAGAGCUUUUGAGAUGAAAUUCAACCAAAUGGCAGAAAAAAUUGAGAAAAUAGAAGAAAUGCAGAAGAUAACCAUGGAAGCACAUGAAGCAAAACAGACUGAAGAAAGGAUAAAUAUUCGCAUUGGCAAACUCCAAAAUGAGAUAAACGAAGAUAUAAAAGAAAUGAAAGCCGAAGUUAAUGCUGGAUUUGCAGCCAUCUAUGAGAGCAUUGGGUCUCUGCGGCAAGUUCUAGAAGCAAAGAUGAAGCUGGACAGAGACGAACUACAGAAGCAGAUCCACCAAAUGAAGCAGGAGGUUCCAAGAUGGGGAGAGGCUGGACCAUGACUGCAAGAUUUUGUCUGAGAGAUUCAUGUUCACCUGGCUCAGUAGGCAGACUCUAGUCUUGUUCCAGUCUGUGACCCAAAUUACCUGCAUGUACCAGUGACAUGCUGCUGUUGCCCAGGUCUGUGUUGGCUCAAAGCAGUAAAUGCAGGCUCUUCCUGGAUAACCAACAACCAGCCCUCAGGGCUGAGGUGCUCAUUUGCCACUGCACUACUCUAGUUGCUGUCAGGAAAUUAAGCACUGUGUAAAACUGGAGUAAUAUAUUGGUGAAGCUGGCACCUAAUUUGCUAAAGGCAUUCCAGUUUUGCAGGCUUGGGCAGUAUAUAUAUAUAUAAAUAUAUAUACUUUUAUAUAUAAGCACCUGCACCCACCCCAUUCCACCCCAUCCCUCUUUUUUAAAAAAAUAAAGACAACUUGAUAUAAUUUGCUUAAUCUGAAUUUGGCAAGGUUCUCCAUCUUGAGGCAAAUUACUUAGUUGAAAUCAGUGGAUAUUUUUACAGUGACUUUCUCUACUAUUGACUUCCUGGAGAGGUAGAAUUGGCACUAAAAAAACCAAUGUUCAAAACCUAGAUGCCAUCAGAAAAUGUUUGUUUAGUUUUGCAAAUAUCCUGUGUGUGAAAACUAAAUAGUGUUAUAUAAUGUAGUUGUAGACUAAGAUGAUUCAUCAACAACAUAAGAAACUUUAAUCACAUGGUCUUAAGUAUUGUAACCUUUUAGAAUUAACAACCAGGUGGAGUUGAGACAAGGUAAAACAUGUAUAUAAAAUAUUUUUUAAGUGGGCAUGUGUUCCUGUGACUUGCUUCAUUGUAUUGAUAAAAACUUAGAAAGGUUUGAAAACAAAAGAGAAGGUGAUAAUCUAACCUGCCUGGAUAAUGUAAUGCAAAAUAAAAUGCAGUUUAUGUUCUCCUUAGAAAUAUUCAUUGAAGUAAAAGAACUGAUUCAUCAUAUUUAAGUAGACUAAUAGUUUAGCAGAUUCAAAUUGCUAAUUGCAUUCACAGUAUUUCCAGAUAAUAAUUUCCAUUCACAGAAGGGAUUACAUAAUCAAAGUCAGCACCCAUGAGGCAUAUUAAUCUAGAUAGGAAAAAAUAUAUAUGUUAAUUUGACUUCCUCAUUAAGAGCAUGAUAUAUUGCUCCUCAUGUUUGCAAGUCAUGCAGGAUUAAACACUCGAGAAGAAUAAAAGACCUCAUCCAGUAUCCUAUUAAUUUAUACUAUUAACAGUAAUUCAUAUACAAAAAUACUACUAAUUCACACAAUUCACAUUAGUGUUAACAUAAAUAAAUAAAUAGGAUGUCUCUACACUAUUGUUAAUGGAUUUUCCUUUCAGCUAGUAUUGCAAAAACUAUUCUUAGUUGGAAAAUCAGUGGCAAAUUUCUCAUCACUUCCAUGAAAGAUGGUUUGGCCCACAGAGUCACCAUAUUUAAAACAAACAAAGAAUAAAAAACCUGCUCCAAAAACUUACACCAAUAACUUGAGUAAGACAGUGUAGUGUGUAAAAAUCAAAGGAAUGCACUCAUCUUUACAGGUCUAACACCUCAUUUUAUAUUCACUUCCUAUAUAGUUGAAAGCAAUUCAAAGUCUCAAAGAUACAUGAAGCUUUUUGCAGCUCUGGCUUCCAGUGCUGACACAAAGCAGCAAUGACAGAGGCAGCUUUGUUACCAUCCAUGUGCUCUGAAAUGUAUUUACAAGGGCAGCUAAGGGGAAAGGCCAGUUCCCUGAAGAGACACAAUGAAAUGCCUGCAAAUAUUUCUUAAGAAUUGUCUGAAAAACUGAUUCUUACUCCACAU